UAUAAAGAGACAGACAGGCAUUAAAUUACCUGUGGUAAACUGCUCUCACUCAAUAGAUUCAUACAGUAAUUAGUUUCUUAUAGACUAUGAUGCCUCACUUAAAAUUAAUUUGCCUAGCACAUGUGCUUUUGUUAUGCAUUCACCUAAAACAAGUUCAGGGUGCAGGAAGUUACAAAACAAUUGACACACCACUGGGCUCUCUAAGAGGUCAGCAGUUAACCACUACAGCUGGAAACACUGUUUAUUUCUUCAGAGGAAUUCCAUAUGCUGAACCUCCAGUUGGGUCUCUGCGUUUUCAGCCACCUGUACCCAUAUCACCAUGGACUGAAAGGAGGGAUGCCUUGGCAGCAUCAAGUAGUUGCACACAGCUAACUGGUAAAGGAACUAUAGAGGGCACUGAAGAUUGCCUUUAUCUCAACGUGUUCACUCCUGAGCUACCAUCAGAUAAUGAUAACCCCAAACCUGUAAUAGUGAAUAUUCAUGGUGGCUGCUUCACUGCAGGAUCUGGUGGUUCACGACCAUCUGAGUAUUUUAUUGACAAUGGUAUUGUAUAUGUUGCAAUCAAUUAUCGUCUUGGACCAUUAGGAUUCAUGAGUACUGGUGAUUCACUCCUUCCUGGGAAUCUUGGUAUGAAGGAUCAAGUCCUUGCACUUCAGUGGGUACAACAGAAUAUUGCUGCAUUUGGUGGGAAUCCCAAUGAUGUUACUAUUUUUGGUCAAAGUGCAGGAGGAGCUUCAGUUCAUUAUCAUCUGUUAUCACCACUGUCAAAAGGUCUUUUCCAUCGUGGAAUAGCGUCAAGUGGAGCAGCCCUUAAUCCAUGGGCAUUUGAUAAAAAUGCAGCAGAUAGAACUUUCCGUUAUGUUUCAUACUUAGGAUAUAAUGCAGAAAGCACUUCAGAUCUUAUGGACUUUCUUAUGAAUGUUGAAGCAACUGAAUUGGUAAAAGCAAAGUCCCCAGCUCUGUCGGAUGAGGACCGUACAGGUUUCAUGAUGUGCGUGUGGGUGCCACAUGUGGAACCAGAAAAUGAUGGUGCCUUCCUGACUGAGGAACCAUGGGUUAUUAUGUCUGAAGGACGCUAUAAUCAAGUACCUUAUCUAACUGGCAUCACAAGUUAUGAGCUACUCAGCAGAACACAAGCAAAUGGAGCAUUUGCAUCUGAAGAUGGUGUAAAAAAUCUGAAUGAUAAUUUUGAUGCCUAUGUUGCUCAUGAUCUUCGAAUCUCAGAUAAAGAUGAACAAUUGGAAGUUUCAGCACAGAUUCGACAGUUUUACUUUGGGGACAAUGAGAUUACACUGAAAGAUAAUGAUACAAUUGCAACUCUGGCAUCAGAUUUAAUGUUUGUUGAAGGAAUAGACACAGUUGUGCGGAAAAUGAGUUUGAGUUCUGCAGAACCAGUUUACUACUAUGAAUUUUCUUUCAAUGGACCACUCAGUACAUAUCCAGAUUUCCCAGGAGCUUGCCAUGGGGAUGAUGCAAGAUACAUGUCGAAUUAUGCAGGCCAAGACCCAAAUUCUGCUGCUUACAAAAUUGGGCUUCAGAUGAAUCAAGUGAUUGCCAAUUUCAUCAAAUACGGUGAUCCAACACCAAAUACUGAUGAUGUGGUUACAGUUGACUGGAAUACAUACAACUCAGAUAGCACAAAUUACUUGGAAUUUGCCUCACCUCUUUACGUCAGCACUGGGCUCAACAAGGAAAGAAUGGAUUUCUGGCACAGUGUGAUGCCCUAAUCUGUUGAAAGUAUCAAAUACGUAUUAGAAGAACCAAAAUGUAUUUAGAAAGAGACUUAAAUAAAGCAUCUAUUUAAAAAAAA